AAAUUACAGAUGUUGUUCGGCUACCGGCGUGUUUUUAUCGAAGUCCACCAAAAAGUUUCAAAAUUUCUAUCUUUUAGAAGACGCAGUGUACAGACCAAAACAAUGGCAUUGACAGAAGUUUCCAGUAACAAAAUGUUUGGAGGAUGGCAAAAAGUCUUCAGCCAUGAAAGUUCUGAACUGAAAUGUGUAAUGAAGUUUGGCGUGUUUAUUCCUGCCCAGGCUGAAAAUAAGAAAGUACCUGUGUUGUACUGGCUAUCAGGACUGACCUGUACUGAACAGAAUUUCGUGACAAAGGCCGGAAGUCAGAAAUAUGCAGCUGAACAUGGUCUCAUCAUUGUAGCUCCUGACACCAGUCCAAGAGGGUGUAAUAUUGAAGGUGAAGAUGACGCAUAUGACUUCGGAUCUGGUGCUGGAUUCUAUGUAAAUGCCACACAGGACAAAUGGAAAACCAACUACAGAAUGUACGCCUAUGUCACAGAGGAGCUACCCGCUGUAAUAACCAGUAAUUUUGCAGCCAUUCCUGAUAAAAUGUCCAUUUUUGGUCACAGUAUGGGAGGACACGGAGCAUUGAUCUGCGCACUGAAGAAUCCUGGCAAAUACAAGUCUGUGAGUGCAUUUGCUCCGAUCUGUAACCCGAUGAACUGUCCCUGGGGUCAGAAGGCGUUCUCCGGCUACCUUGGCGAAAACAAGGAUGAUUGGAAGGCUUAUGAUGCUACAGAAUUGGUAAAACAAUACAACGGUCCUCCACUUGAAAUCCAUAUCGAUCAGGGAAAGGCUGACAACUUCCUGCCAGCGGGCCAGCUGCUCCCCGACAACUUUGUUGCUGCAUGUGCUGAGGCAAAGAUGCCUGUUGUUCUCAGGAUGCAAGAGGGCUACGAUCACAGCUAUUACUUUAUGGCCACGUUUAUGGAAGAUCAUUUGAAACACCAUGCCAAGAUCCUGAACCAGUAAGCCAUGUCGAUAAGAAUGAUGUGUUACCUAUGACAAAUCUACAUCAAUCCUUGUCGCCACCAGAUGAAAAAAUCCUGAUAUUGCAAAUGUUUGUAUGACUUUUAUCCAAUGUGCUCAGAACCAAAAUUGCAUUUUCGUCACUGCAUUAACACAUGUAAUAUACACCGUACCAGUGAAAUGGUAUAUUUUACAAAUUGAUCACGCAUUAUUGAUUUCAAUUCAGUUUGAUUAUUGUUGUAAAUGACAAUCAUGUGUGACAUUUUUUUAAAUUACAUAAUUCGUUGUAAUUGGUUAUUAUCAAAUAAUGUUUUUUUCAUGUACAAAUUAUGUACAGUAUGAAACAUAUAUGUUGUAAAUUAUAAGGCUUAUAGUAGACUUACAAGUGUAAGAAAAUACAAUUGGUGAGGUAUAAACCGUGUAAAUCAGGUAAACAGUGUAGUAUACACUAUUUAAUACCUCUUAAUUAUUGUACACACGAAUGUACCUUGGUGAAUAUUUUUGACAUAAUCUGUUAAGUUGACGUUUCUUAUUUUGAUCAGCAACAUAUUAUAUAGUUACACUAUAGGUAUAACAACAGUCUAUAAAACUAGGGCAAUAUCCAUUGGAAGUAAAUGUGGUACAGUGAACCAUUAUGGUGCUAUUAGAUAUAAUUAUUGUUUGAUUUAAUGUAUUGAUUUUAAUGUUUUGAUUUCUGUGAUUCAUAUUAACUGUAACCCAGCUGGUAUUAAAAUUGUAAAUACUACAUGUAUCCAUAAUUUACUCCUUAUCUUGAUUAGUCGAGCAUAUACUAGAAUAAGAAGCCAGAGAAGCUGAGUUUGAUCCUAGAGGUGACAGUGAAUUAAAUCUGAUUAAUCAAGCGCUGUGUUACAAUAUACUUUUUAUACUGUACUAUAGAACUAAAACCUCUGAAUCAUUUAUCAGUAGUAUUGAAGGGAGGGAACUCUAAAAUGCCUGGUGAAGACCUCAGACGUUGUGUUAUAUACCCGAGUGUUGUGAUCUUUCGGUGUUUUUAAUGAAGCCUGUGUAAAGCUGUGUACAGUUGAAAAAUACAACAACAUCACUGUCAUGUAACUAUCAACCUGGGUUUGAAAUCAACAGCCAAUAACUAAUUUAAAUUAUAGAGUUGAUAUGUGUAUUUAAUAAACAGAUUUAAGAAAAGUAAGAUCCAGAAAAUCCUUCUGAUUUCCAUAAAUAAGAAGAGAGGGUGUGAUAUUGUUUGUUCUCAUGCAAAAUCUGGGAAUAAAUUCAUGUAAUUUCUAAAAUAACUGAUUCACCAAUGUUUUUUUUAUAUUUUUAAACCACCCCUCCCCCCUUCCCUUCACUUCACCCCUUCCCUUCAACAUGCCUCUACCCCAUUUCUUUCGAAUGAAUGAACAAGUCUGAUGGAAAUUACUUGUUAAUGACAAUAAAAUUAACACAAAUGAGUGUGUU